UGGAAACAAGUGACGCUGCCGGCGUGGGCCAAUCCGGGCCGGCUACUUGCUGUCCCGGCCAGCCGGCGGCGGGCGCGACGCUCCGGCAGCUGGAGCCCGGCAGCGCGGCCGCUUCGCGCAGCUUGCGCGCUGUGCGAGGAUGGCGCGGGCGGCGGGGCUUUGCCUGCCCUCCUGUGGCGUCGUCUGCCUCCUCCUCGCCUGGCUCCUCGCUUGCUGCGCCGCCCGUCGGGACCCCUCAGGCAGUGCUGCUUUUACCAUUCGCCAUGACACACUGAACAAGUGCAUACAUGUUAAAAACUCACGGAUAGUGAUAGAUGACUGCAAGGAGACAAGUGAAGCUUUAUGGAAAUGGGUAUCCCAGAAUCGCCUCUUUCAUCUGGGGUCCAAGCAGUGCCUGGGACUUGAUAUAUUCACUACAUCACUGUCUCGCCUGAAAAUGGUUGAUUGUAACUCAGAACUAAUGCUGUGGUGGCGAUGUGCAGAUGCUUCCAUCCUUGGUGCAUCUCAGUACAAAGUGACUGUUAAGAGUACCUAUGUAACUGCAAGCAUAAAUGCAACAGACCAGUGGCGAAGCAACAAUUCCUCUGAUGUUAUAUGUCAGUAUCCUUACCAUGAGGUUUAUACCAAAGAUGGGAACUCCUAUGGAAAACCCUGUGAGUUCCCCUUUCUGUAUAAUAAAAUGUGGCAUCAUGACUGCAUUCAAGAUGAAACACAUAUGGGUGGAAAAUGGUGUGCCACAUCUGAAGAUUAUACUCGUGAUGGAAAAUGGGGAAUCUGCUUACAACCAGAAGAUGGUUGUCAUGAUAUCUGGAAACAUGAUCCAGGGUCUGAAAGUUGCUACCAGUUUAAUACACAGUCUGCUCUUUCUUGGAAGGAAGCUUAUAUUUCAUGUCAAAGGCAAGGGGGAGAUUUGCUUAGCAUCCAAGACGGAUCUGAAUUAAGUUACAUACAAGCUAAGGAUGACAUUGCUGAGAUCUUUUGGAUUGGCUUAAAUCAACUGGAUGUUUCUGGAGGUUGGCAAUGGUCAGAUCACAAACCUUUGAAUUUUCUCAACUGGCAUCCAGAUAUGCAGAGUUUGUCCCCGCUGGAUGGGACUAGUUGUGUGGUGAUGAAUGCUGCCUCAGGUCAGUGGCAAAGUUACCAUUGUGGGACUCCACUUCCGUAUAUUUGCAAGAAGUCACUCAAUGAAGUUCCAAGCCUCCCAGAGUUUUGGAGACACUUGGAUACUCGCUGUGAUUCAGGCUGGCUUCCCCACAAUGGUUUUUGCUACAUGGUGAUAAACAGCGAGGCAUCUUGGAGUACAGCAGAUGAAUUGUGCAAGACAAAUAAGAGUAAUCUCAUCAGCAUACACUCAUUAGCAGAUGUUGAACUGAUUGUCACAAAGCUUCAUAAUGAUGCUAAAGAAGAAAUGUGGAUGGGUCUCAGGAAUGAAGAUGUACCAACCUUGUUCAAGUGGUCAGAUCAUUCAGCUGUGGUUUUUACAUACUGGGAUCAGAAUGAACCAAAAGUUCCUUUUAACAGCACUCCUAACUGUGUAUCAUAUUCAGGCGAGCUGGGACAGUGGAGAGUCAAAUCCUGUGAAGAAAAAUUGAAAUAUGUUUGCAAGAAAAAAGGAGAGAUUUUGAAUGAAACAAAAUCAGAUGAAAGUUGUUCAUUAGAAGAGGGAUGGGAGAGACAUGGAAACUACUGUUACAAGAUCUAUAAAACAGAAGUUUCAUUUGGAGUACAGUGCAAUCUUACAGUGAUGAACAGAUUUGAACAAGAAUUUAUAAACAAUCUAAUUAGAAAACAUACCAAAGUUGAAGAAAAAUACUUCUGGACUGGUUUGCAGGAUAUUGGCCAAUCAGGAAUAUAUUCCUGGGGUACAGUGGAUGGGGAAAAAGCCAAAGCUGUGACGUAUACUAACUGGAAUUCCUUGCAACCAGAGUUUUCAGGAGGAUGUGUGGCCAUGCCCAGUGGAAAGUAUCUUGGAAAGUGGGAAACCAAGGACUGUAAAGCCACUAAAGCGUUUUCUGUCUGCAAAAAAUACAUUGGACUGCCCAAGAAGCCAGAAGUACUCCCAAAGCCAACUGAUCCGUGUCCCCCUGGGUGGCACAAUGGAUCUGGCCUUGCAUGCUACAAGUUCUUCCACAGUGAACGAGUGCUACGAACCAGGACCUGGGAAGAGGCAGAAAGGUUCUGCGAAGCCCUUGGAGGCCAUCUGCCUAGUUUUAGUCACUCAGAAGAAAUCAAGGUGCUUCAUUCUAUCCUGAGAAAAAUAAUCAGGUAACAAACUAGCCAUGCGCUAAAAUUUUG